AUGUUCUGGUCCCGUCUCCUCCGCAUGGUCGUCCAGCUUCCCGCCCUUGCUGUUGAAGGCGAGCAACUAGCGGUGGCCGGUGACCAGCUUGAGCCGCGGACUGCUGCUGACGAGCUUGCAGACUUUGCUCUGACCUCCGAGGCUUCAGCUGCGCUGGCUGCCACCUAUCCGCGGCUGGCUAGCUCACUCCCAACCCCGUCGCCGCGGGCCGGAGCGUCUCUGGUGCGGUCGCUGCGAUCGCCGGCUGCGGCGCCGGACUCGGGCUCGACUCUGGCCGCCACAGGCUCGCUACCGCGCGGCGCGGGCUGGGCCGCCCCGCGCGAUGUCCGCGGCAUCUGGCAGACACUCUACCAACAGUAUCUUGGCGAGGAGCUGGACAUCGAGCUGGCGAGGACUCAGUCACCCUCGCAGCCGCACCCGUCGUCUGCAAGCCGCCGCAGUCCCGAGUCAGCUGGCGAUACUCCGCCGCUCAUGCCGCGCGCAGCAGCCAAACCGCCGCGGCACUCAUCGAAGCGGGUUACGGUGUCGAUUGCGGUCGACACGGCAGACUUGCUUGGCUCCGACGACGGCUGCACCGGUCGGCGGGCGUCUCGCAAGAGAACCGGAUUGCGCUCCCACUCUAAGAAGACCCGAACUAAGAAGGCCAGCCGCUCCCGCAAGCGGUCGCGCCGUGCACGCCCGGCCUCGGCUUCUGCGCACACUCGACCGACCCGUGCGGAGCGCCGGCGCGAGCGAGACCUCCACGCGCGGCCGUGGCGCCACAACGCUGCGCUACCGCGCCCCACCUCGGCCUUAUCCUCAUCAGGCCCGAUACCUGCAACCCCGCCGCAGCGGCCUGCCACGGCCGCCGGAGGCAUGAGCAUACGCAAGGCUGCUGCGCUGAGUCGGACCUCGAAAAUGGCCGACUCAAGCACCUCUCGCCUCAAUGAUUCGGUCACGCUCGCCCAGUUCAGAAUGGCUAUCGACAAGGAGGCGUUGCCAACGGCACGCGCGGUGGCAACAGCGCGGACAGCGUCGCUAGCCGCCGGCGAAGUUGCUCAACUCCAGUUUCUGGAGCGAGUGACCCAUAUGGCGGCCAUCGCUGGAUCGCCCGGUGCGCGGACGAUUGCGGAUCGACUGAGCAGGAAGCGGGAUGCCAUACCGCAUGUCGAGGUUGCAAAAUCGUUUGAUGACGAGAACCCGCUUUUCUCCGAGACUAUGCCAGCUUUCCGCAAUGUUACCAUGUUUGCCGGCAACGCGCCCGACACGCAGGCCAAGGAUGGCGACAACAGCGGAAGCAAUGACGGCGCCGACGUUAACCUUUCGGCAUCAGCAGAGCUGGAAGGCGUGCUGAGUCGCACCAGCUCGAGCAGCUGGCGGCGACGGAGUCGGGUUGAUUCCGGCUCGCACAAAGAACGUGCUUUGUCGGUCCGUUUCGAGACCGAAGCCUUUGGUCCGCGGGCGCAUCAUGAGGCCGCAGUGUACUUUGACGUCCUGCGCAAGCGCAAGCAGGAAGAGGAGCGGGCUACGGCGUACAAACGAUCGAUGUCGGCGCGAAUCCGGUUCGAGAAGGAGCGGCGCGAGCGGCAGAAGGCUGAGAAAGAGGCGCGCCGCCGCGCCCGCGAGGAGCGGAUGCGCCGCGAGAAGCUCGCCCGCGAGAUGACUAGCACUAUCGAGGUCGAGCUCCAGGCGGCGGUCAUUGCUCGCAACGAAGUCCGCAAGCGCAAGGCCAAGGCUAAGUUCAAGCAAGUCCUCGCGCACUGGUGCAUGGACCACGCCACGGUUGUUCGCCAGAAUAUGGUCCGGGCCGAGCGACCUCGCGAGGCUGAGCUCCGCGCGGCCGAGCGGCGCAAGCGAGCCGAGGAGCAGGCCAAGACCCGGUCGCGGGUCAUCCAGCGCAAACGUGCCGAGAUGGAAGUAGUCCGCGCCCGCGCCCUCGAGGCCAAGCGGCGCAAGCAAGAGGAGGCUGCCCGCGAGGCCGCCCGGCGCGCCUUUGACCUCAAGGUCAAGUCAAUGCGCCGCGCAGUGUUUUUUGAGCUUGAGGAGCGUGCCGUCGCUCGCCGCGAGGCCGAGCGCGCCGCCGCCGAAGAGGCGAAGCGCCUCGCGGCCUUUGACGCCUUUCUCUCACGCCAGCAGCAGGCUGCCGCCGCCGUAGAAAAGCUUCGCUCAAAGCUGCAGACCAAUCCGCAGCUGGCUGAGCUCGAGGCCCACCGGCCGGCAACGACUGAGGAGCGGCUGGAAGCCGUGCUCACCCGGAUCGUCGCCACAUCGGAGGCGCUGGCCGAUGCCUCUGGGGGCAGCAAGCCGCACUCAUAG